GGUUUGAAUGCAAAUUUCUGGUAACCUUAAAAAAGUCCCCAUCUGAUUUAGCCAAUUCAACCACCAUCAAGAUUUGUGCCAUGGCACUGCUGCCACUGCCACUCGCUUCUCCGGUGUUCACCGUCCGUCGGCACAAACCAGAGCUUGUCGUCCCAGCUAGGCCGACCCCUCGUGAGUGUCUAUUGCUCUCGGACAUCGAUAACCAACAAGGUCUCCGGUACCAAAUGCCCGGUGUCCAUUUUUAUCGCCAAAACCCCUCCAUGGAAGGCAAGGACCCUGCUCAGGUUAUAAGGAAAGCACUCGCUCAAGCUCUGGUCUUUUAUUAUCCAUUUGCAGGGAGGCUAAGGGAAGCACCAAACGGCAAGCUUAUGGUGGAUUGUAAUGCACAAGGUGUGCUGUUUAUCGAAGCCGAUGUCGAUGUUACGUUCGAGGAUUUUGGUGGUGCAAUUUGUCCACCAUUUCCAUGUUUUGAGGAGCUUCUUUAUGAUGUUCCUGGCUCCAGUGGGCUUGUAAAUUGCCCAUUGCUGCUAAUCCAGGUAACAAGACUCAAAUGUGGUGGUUUCAUUUUUGCUCACCGAGUGAAUCAUACCAUUGUCGAUGCUAUGGGCGUAUCUCAGUUGAUGCAUGCCAUGACAGAGAUUGCUCAAGGUGCACUUACUCCUUCAAUCCCACCAGUUUGGGAAAGACACCUUCUUAGUGCUCGAGACCCACCGGUCAUAACUUGCGUGCAGCAUGCCUACGGUGAUGCUCCGUCCGUCGACGCCAACUGCGACAAUGUCUUUUCAAUCGAUGGCCUUGUUCAUCGCUCACUUUUUUUCGGACCAACUCAUAUUUCAGCUCUUUGGAGAUUUAUCCCCGACAACGUUCGGUGUUCGACGUUCGAUAUCUUAACUGCAUGCUUAUGGCGUUGUCGAACGAGAGCCUUUCGAUAUAACCCCGACCAAGACAUUCGCGUCAUCCUCAUAGUUAACGCUCGAUCCAAGUUUAACCCGCCCUUGCCAUUAGGAUAUUACGGGAAUGCAAUCGGAUACGCAGCGGCUCUAACAACCGCGGGAAAGCUAUGUCGAAAUCCAGUAGAAUAUGCAGUGAAAUUAGUGAAAGAAGCAAAGGCAACGAUAACCGAGGAAUAUAUGAAAUCAAUGAUCGAUUUGCUGGUGAUUAAAGAUGGACCAACGCUCUGCCCUCCAUUGUGGUUAGUAUCAGAUUUAAGACGAGCCAGAAUAGAAGAGGUGGAUUUUGGAUGGGGCAAGGAAGCUCACAUGGCGCCGGCCAUAAUGUCGGAGUUUUUGAACUUUUAUAUACCCUACAGAGAUGGGGUUUUGGUGCCAGUUUCAUUAGCGGCUCCGGUGAUGGAAAUCUUUGUUAAGGAGCUGGAUGGCUUGUUGAACUUCAAGGACGAGGCAGACAGUGUUUGCUGAAUUUUUAUGACAAACGUGAAUUUGAAAUGAUCAGAACUUGUGUUCAGAAAUGUUUUCCCACAAAUCUCGAUUGCAUUAUACC